AUGGCAUUACUGAAUGGCGCCGAUUCCUCCCGCAUGGAUUUCUUGCUGUGUCGAAAGAUCAAGAUAAAAAUACAUAACGUAUUCGUAAUUUCAUCUUGAUCUCUGCUACAAGUGUAUUGUACUUUACUAACUGCAUGUAGUCUGAUUUGUGGAUAUCAACUUACAACUUGUUGACGAACAAUUUCGAGUUCAUUCUCGAUCGCGAUUGGUAUUUUCAUUGCAUUGCCAUUGGAAAUUACAUUGAUUGCUUGCUUUAUAACUCGGUGAGCAUCUCACAAUCAGUCUCAAUUAACUCUGCUCAGGCCAAAUAUGGAUGUCAGACUAUCCAAACGACUGUCGCUGGUUCUAAGGCACAAGGCAGUGGAAUGGGGUUUCAAAAUUUAUCCAGGAGGAUAUGUCCUGGUCAAGGAUCUUUUGGCGCAUAAGAUGUUCCAGGGUUACACAGAAGCAGAUAUCAGGAGGGUCGUAGCAUCCAAUGAGAAACAGCGGUUCUCUCUCAAAACUCAUGAAGAAACGGGAGAUCUGAUGAUCUGUGCUAACCAAGGACAUUCGUUUGAGGUACCUGAACCUGAAUUAGAGCCCAUUACUUAUGCUAGUCGUUAUCCAACAGUCAUCCAUGGAACUUUUUUCAGACAUUGGGACCAGAUCCGUAGAGAGGGACUAAGGAGGAUGAAUAGGACUCACAUUCAUUUUGCCCAGGGUGAGCCGGGAGCCGACGGAGUCAUCAGUGGAAUGCGGAAGUCCUGCCAAAUUAUGAUUUUCAUCGAUCUUCAUGCAGCAAUGCAAGAUGGUAUCAAGUUUUUCUUAUCCAAGAACGGCGUGAUAUUAUCUCCAGGUGACAGAAAUGGGAUUCUUCGGACUCGAUACUUCCGUAGAGUGCUCCAAGUCAACCCAAGACAAGAGAUUGCUUUUGAGAAGCGGUGAAAGUGUUGCAACCACUACUUCCUAUUUGGGAAUGAGCAGGAGACAUGUUAAGCUGCUCCAGAUGAUGCCAAAGCUUGCCAAACGAGUUACCUUUGUGCCUUCAGUGGUUUUUACUUUUCCAUUUAUUUUCAAGUCAGUUCAUAUUUUUUUUUUGCAGUAGUGGUAGAUAUUUUUCAUGUACAAGAGACAUUGAGGCUUAAGGCCAUCGCACACCUUACGACUGUUCGGGAUCCGAUUUUGGAACAAAUCACAUU